AUGGACAUUGACGGCAAGGAGGUCAAGGCCCAGAUCUGGGACACUGCUGGCCAGGAGCGCUUCCGCGCCGUCACCUCCGCCUACGACAACUCCCGCCGCUCCACCUUCGAAAACGUCGGCCGCUGGCUCCUGGAGCUCAACAGUACGUACCCUACCCCGCCUGCCCCACCGCUCCUCUCCUCUCAUCCUCUGCUACCUCGAUUGUGGCAAGCUGCGGCGGCAUGUGAAGGCGGCCUCCUCGAUUGUGGCAUGAGGGUUGACAAGAGGAGAUCUGGGCUUCCUAAACCUGACGAGGAUGACGGUGGAAUGAAAGAGCUUGUCGGGACCUUUAUUCUUCCUUCUCUGUUUAGUCUGCCUGGGUGCAUUUACACACAAGCGGCUGGGAAUUGCACAAUCCUAAAUUCUGGGGAAGAAGGGAGGUCUUGCAUUACCCACUUCCAUGCAGGCUUCCACCUCAUAUCAAGAGCCAACAGACGUGGUCUUCUGACCACUGAUGCUGUGUUCCCUUCAACUGAUGGGCCUCCAUAG